AUGUCUAGGGCUUCGACGGUCGAGAAGCAGAGUGGCAUUGUGACCACUGCGACAAGGGAAUCCUUGAACGUCAUUGGUGAGGUUGUCUCGGAAAAACCCCAUAUUGUCGGUUUAGAUCUCUUUGAGCAGGGGAAUGAGAUUUCUGAGGAGGAGCUCGAGGCGGAAAUCAAAAAUAUCCGGUGGAAGGUCGAUCUCAGAAUCGUGCCCAUUCUUUGUGUCACUUACACCUUGCAGUAUCUCGAUAAGCUUAGUUUGAACUACGCCUCGGCGUAUUCUCUCAAAGAGGAUUUGGGUCUUCAUGGUCAGAGGUACUCGUGGGUAGCUGCCAUCUUCAAUUUUGGCUACUUGUUCUGGGCAAUGCCUUCCAACUAUAUCAUCCAAAAAGUGCCCAUUGCAAAGUACACAGGUGGUAUGAUUUUCGUGUGGGCCAUUAUUUUGAUAGCACACAUGGGCACGAAGAACUAUGCUGGCAUGCUCGUCGUGAGGUUUGUGUUGGGGAUGUUCGAGGCUGGCAUUUCGCCGUCUUGUAUGAUGAUCUGUGGUAUGUUCUACUCUCGUCAGGACCAGCCGUUCAGAAUGUGUACGUUUUUGAGUUUCAACGGCGUUGCCACUAUCUUGGGGGGUCUUCUUGGUUUUGGCUUGGGGCACGUCAAUCUGGCUGCAGUUGCUUCCUGGAAGUUGAUCUUCAUGGUCAUUGGUCUCAUCAAUUUCGUGUGGUCCAUUAUCUUCCUUUGGGUGACCCCCGAUAACCCUGCAACCGCCAAGUUCUUGACUGAAAGGGAAAAAACGGUUCUCGUAAAGUACAUCUCAAAGAACAACCAGGGUGUGAAGGAUACACAGUUCAAGUACCCUCAUGCUUUUGAGGCUAUCAGAGACCCCGCAGUCCACAUUGUGCUUAUAAUUGCCCUCUGUGUCGGUAUCAUCAACGGCGGUGUUUCCAACUUCCAAUCGGCGUUGAUCAAGGGUUACGGAUUCGAUGGUCUUGCAGCCACUGCUCUACAGAUGCCUACAGGAGCAUUUGAGUUUGUCGUUGUGUUUGCUGCGGGCCUAGCUGCUGUCAAGGUCCCCAACAUCAGAUGUCUCCUUUUCGUGCUUCUUUGUUUGCCUGGAUUUGCUGGUCUUAUCGGCAUUCACUUGAUUGAAGACGACAAGUGGGCAUCGGUUGGAUGCACGUGGCUCCAGUAUAUCAUUGGAGGUCCCGUCAUUCUCUGCUGGAUUUUCAUAAACGCCAACAUUGGUGGAACCACUAAAAAGGUUGUGACCAACGGAUGCUGGUUUACAAUGUAUGCCACUGGAAACAUCGUCGGUGCUAACAUUUUCUAUGCUAAUGAAGCACCCAAGUAUAAAUCGGCCAUGAUUGGUUUGAUGACCUGCUACUCCGGCAUGAUUGCCCUCGGCAUUGGCUACUGGUUUUUGUUGAGGGCCAGAAACUAUAGAAGAGAUAAAGAGCAAGGAGAGCAGACCGAGGAGAUGAAACAGGAGGCCAUACUUAACGGAUUCAAGGGCCUCACGGAUUUCGAAAACAAAGGUUUCAGAUACGCCCUCUGA